GAACGUCUAAAGUAAAUAUCGUUUUACUUACUAUUCUUAUAAGACAUAAACUUCAUUUGUUUAAUUUUAUUUUUAUUACUUGAAUUUGAGUAUUUAUACAGCCAUUUUAUAACGGUUAAUUGAAAGUGACGUUUGAGAGUGACAGUGAUUUUUUAAGUGGCAAUACAAUUGAAAAAAAAAACCAUUAAUAUUUUUUGCUUUUGAAACUAUAAAUAACAUUGAAAUUUGUAAUUGCUAUUAGAUUCUUAAAAGAACUUUCAAAUUGUUAAGGGACUAAAAAUGAGAAGUGUUUAUUUUUUGAAAAUUUUAUUCUUGACCUUGUAUAUGUCGAUAACUGGGCCACAAGUUCAAGGAGCUGCCAUAAGUAAAGUAAAUCAUUUGGCGAAAAAAAUUUUAAUGUCUAAAUCAUUACCCUUUGAAGAUUGUGGUUCUAAAUAUCUCAUAUUAUAUUUGAAUAUCUCCAGUUGCUCUACAAUACCAUGUUUUAUGCAUCGUGGAUCAACGGUCGAGGUGAAUGUUUUAUUUGACGACGAUAGUGACAACACCAAAUAUUUAAAACAUCGUGUACGUUGGAUUUUUAACACCAUCAAGACUCAAGCUCAUAUUACUCCUGACCCGUGUGACGGUAAUCAAAAAUGUUUGUCUAAUGAUCAUGAAGGAAAAUUCUAUUGGGCUACAGUUUUGGUCAAUAAUACUCUGCCAGCGAUCUCUGGCACUAUGCUUUGGGAAGCAGUUAAUGAAUACAAUCAAGAUGUUAUUUGCUUUAAAGUUCCAGUUGUCGUAACCAUGUAAAAAUCAUUCUUAUUUUUAGAUUUAAAAAUCUUGUUUAAAUAAAGUUAAAGUAAUGAAAUGAAAAUGCAAAAUUAAUAAAUUAAAGACUGAUUGUUAAA